GCAACAGAUCCUGAUCGUUCUAUUCAACUGACAGUUUGUUUCUGUUUACUUCCAGGUGUGUGCCAAUUAUGGACAGUAUGCUAGAGAAUCUCUCAAAAGCUGAGUUUAUCAGCAUUUGUGUUCGAGAUCCAAGGCUCCAUAAAGACGACCUCUGGCACAAGCAUGCAGACUACGAGAUCUGUUUAGAUACCAAUAGCAUGUGUUUUCGAAAGAAGACCUCCUGUGUGAGACGGCGUUACAGUGAAUUUGUUUGGCUGCGUCAGUGCCUGGAACAGAAUGCUCUGAUCAUAGAAUUACCCAAGUUGCCACCGUGGAACCCUUUCUUCAGUCUGAAGAACACGGAACAGGUGUCGCAGAGAAUGAAGGGCCUAAAAGAGUUUUUGGAAAGUGUUCUUCACACACCAUUGUUGUUAUCAGACAGUCGGCUCCAUCUGUUCCUCCAGUCGGACCUCAGGAUCACAAAGAUCGAAAGGUGUGCCCUCGGUAAGACUAGGUACACGGUGGCCGAAGCCAUACAGUGUUCCAACAGGCAUUACAUUGGUAGAGUAGUGGACAAGGGCUCCUGUGACUCCGACUGCGAAAGCUCUUCAUCGUUUGGGUCUGGGACGAAGUGUGGACACUACAACGAGAUGUAGCCCAGUCCCCUUAUUCGGGUCCUGACAGAGACCCAGAGCUUUUCAUGACUAAAUCCGUGUGGUGUGCACUUCUGAAAAGCAGCUGGUGCACUGCAGUUGUCCUUCUUUCUUCUUUGGACGUACACCAUCAAUGUAUAAACCUGUUUGUGACUCUCUGUGAAGUUCUCCCUAGGUCGACUUCCAAAGAGCAAAAAAACUUUUACUUUUGUUAACUCCAUGAAUCCCCCUAUAUGUUUGUUUUAACCAUUAGGUUUAUUUUUCUCUUAAAGCCGUACCUUAUUCAUUUGAGUAUAAUUGCGCAUUUGAAUUUGUUAAUGUGUGUAUUUGAAAAAAAUAUUCAUGUUUUUAAAAAAUUGAUUGUACUUUUGUUACACGACUUCUUAAAUAUUUCCUAUGUAUAUAUUUUUAUCGGCACUGUAGUGAGGGAUGUUUUCAAUUGCAGACAGGUUUUGGGUUUUUUUUAGUAAAAUAUUUGAGAAUUUUUAUGAUUUGUUGUUGGAUGAAUAAACUUUUUGAAGAAAUGCA